GUGUUGCUGCUGCUGCUCUGUGUUGGCGGGAGAUUCCAGCAUGGCCGUGCAGCCGAAAGAGAAGCUGUCCAUGGACAGCGGGGCAGAGAGCGGCUUCAUCAGCUUCUAUUACUCCAUGCCGGAGAAGCCGGACACCACGGUGCGGGUGUUUGACCGGAACGAUUACUACACGGUUCACGGCGGAGAUGCGUUAUUUGCCGCCAAGGAAGUCUUCAAGACCAACGGGGUCAUCAAGUACCUGGGAUCAGGAAGCAAGAAGCUGGAGAGCGUGGUGCUUAGUAAGAUGAACUUUGAAUCGGUGGUGCGGGAUCUUCUCCUUGUUCGUCAGUAUCGUGUGGAAGUUUAUAAGAACAAGUCUGGAGGGAAAUCCUCCAAGGACAGUGAUUGGCAUCUGGCUUUUAAGGCCUCACCCGGAAACCUGACGCAGUUUGAGGAGAUUCUGUUUGGCAACAACGAUAUGUCCUCUGCUGUUGGAGUGGUCGGUGUCCGGCUGGUCACUUCUGAAGGGCAGAGAUUGGUUGGUGUUGGUUUUGUAGACUCCACGUUGAGGAAGCUCGGAGUGUGCGAAUUUCCAGAUAAUGACCAGUUUUCCAAUCUAGAGGCUUUACUGGUUCAAAUUGGACCCAAAGAGUGUGUGAUGCCUGGAGGAGAUGCUGGUGGAGACAUGGGGAAAAUAAGACAGAUUAUUCAGCGAGGUGGGAUUCUCAUUACAGAUAGGAAGAAGUCAGAGUUUACCACAAAGGAUUGUGUACAAGAUCUUAACCGUCUACUGAAGGCUAAAAAAGGCGAGCAAAUCACGAGUGCAGCAUUACCAGAGAUGGAGAAACAGGUUGCCAUGUCAGCCCUGUCUGCAGUCAUGAAGUAUCUGGAGCUGUUAUCGGAUGAGUCUAACUUUGGACAGUUUGCGAUGACCAGCUUUGACCUGAAUCAGUACAUGAGAUUAGAUAACGCUGCAGUCGGCGCACUGAACGUCUUCCCCGGCUCCGCUGAGGACACUAGUGGGACACAGUCACUGGCCGGAUUGUUAAAUAAGUGUAAAACCCCCCAGGGGCAAAGGUUGAUCAACCAGUGGAUUAAACAACCCCUAAUGGACAAGAACAGGAUUGAAGAGAGGUUGAACCUGGUGGAAGCGUUCGUGACUGAUGUCGAACUCAGACAGUGUCUGCAGGAAGAUUUACUACGACGCAUCCCAGAUCUCAACCGCUUGGCCAAAAAGUUCCAGAGACAGAAUGCCAACCUUCAAGAUUGCUACAGGAUCCACCAGGCGGUGAACCACCUGCCUAGUGUCAUCCAGACCUUAGAGAAGUACGAAGGUAGUCACCAGAUGCUGCUGCUGGCCGUCUUUGUCACUCCUCUCACCGAUCUUACUUCAGACUUUUCCAAGUUCCAAGAAAUGAUUGAGACCACCAUGGACAUGGAUCAGGUAGAAAACCAUGAAUUUCUGGUGAAAGCUUCUUUUGAUCCCAACUUGACAGAACUGAGAGAAAAGAUGGACGACCUUGAGAAGAACAUGCAGUCUACUCUGAACAGUGCAGCCAGAGAGCUUGGUCUGGAUCCUGGGAAAAGCAUAAAACUGGAAUCCAACGCGCAGCUCGGUCACUAUUUCCGGGUGACGUGCAAAGAGGAAAAGGCUCUGAGGAACAACAAGAAGUUCACUACCAUUGAUAUUCAGAAGAAUGGAGUGAGGUUCACAAACAGUAAGUUGAGCUCUUUCAACGAGGAGUACAUUAGACACCGGGAGGAGUAUGAGGAGGCACAGAAUGCGAUUGUGAAGGAAAUCAUUAACAUCUCCUCUGGAUACGUGGAUCCGAUGCAGACGCUAAACGAUGUCAUUGCUCAGUUGGAUGCGGUUGUCAGCUUUGCUCACGUUUCGAAUGCGGCGCCAAUGCCAUAUGUUCGCCCAGUCAUCUUGGAGAAAGGACAGGGAAGAAUUGUGCUCAAAUCUGCCAGACACCCAUGUAUUGAAAUGCAGGAUGAUGUGGCGUUCAUCCCCAAUGACAUAACAUUCGAGAAGGGGAAGCAGAUGUUCCAUAUUAUCACUGGCCCUAACAUGGGUGGGAAGUCCACAUAUAUUCGCCAGACCGGAGUGAUUGUUCUCAUGGCUCAGAUUGGCUGCUUUGUACCAUGUGACUCUGCAGAAGUGAGCAUAGUGGACUGCAUUCUCGCCCGAGUUGGAGCCGGAGACAGUCAACUAAAAGGAGUGUCUACGUUCAUGGCUGAGAUGCUAGAAACGGCUUCGAUCCUCAGAUCAGCCACAGAGAAUUCCCUGAUUAUCAUCGAUGAACUAGGGAGAGGGACCUCAACCUAUGACGGCUUUGGCUUGGCAUGGGCCAUCUCAGAGUACAUCUCUACUAAAAUCCAGGCGUUUUGUAUGUUCGCCACUCACUUUCAUGAACUGACCGCUCUGGCUGACCAGGAGCCUACAGUGAACAAUCUACAUGUUACCGCUUUAACAACCGAUGAAACGCUCACCAUGCUUUACCGGAUCAAAACAGGCGUUUGUGACCAGAGUUUUGGAAUUCACGUAGCGGAGCUUGCUAACUUCCCAAAGCAUGUGAUAGAAAACGCUAAAGCAAAAGCCUUGGAGCUAGAAGAAUUUCAGUUUGUUGGAAGCGGCAGGGACAGCGAGGAUGAGCCAGCCUGUAAGAAGCGCUACACAGAAAAAGAGGAAGGUGAGAAGAUCAUCCAGGACUUUCUUUCCAAAGUAAAAACUCUGCCACUUACAGAAAUGUCUGAGGAAGACCUGAAACUCCAACUGAACCAGCUGAAGGCGGAUGUUCUGGCCAAGAAUAACCGUUUUGUAAAUGAAGUUAUUUCCCGGGCAAAGACAGUGUCCUGAACGUCAGGAGGAAAGCUGCGGGGAAGUGACGAGCAUCUCUGGCUGUUGUUUCAGCUCUUUGUGAUACUGUAGGUUAUAGGGACGUGCCAUGUGCAGCUCUACUGUAGAGGGAAAAAUAAAGGUGUUUUUGUACUUUUA